AUGACCCAUCCUGCCAUCUUGGCGCCCCUCGAUCGUCCUGCGCAGCCGGCGACCAUGUUUAACCGCAGCGAUUUGGCUACAUUUUUUACGGUGGAUCAAGAACACUGGGUACUUUCCGGCGAAACAAAAGACGGUUGGACAUUUAUCGAUGAAACACCAGCCUCUUUAGCUUCGCCUUCGACGCUCCUAUCUGCUACGGGACCACCGACACCGCCACCUUCCUCUGUGUCAGAUGAUGGAUACGACUCUUGCUCUGAAUGCUCCACAACCAGAAAGUACAGCAGGGAAUAUCCGGAAAUAGAAGGAUACCUGUGGCCUACCGAAGUUGAUCGACUUGAGCGCCAGUCCAGGGCGUUACAUACAUUCCACGGCAAGUUGAUCCAUGGACCAGCAAAUGCUCCAAGAGUUAUUUUGGACAUCGGAACGGGGUCUGGAUACUGGGCCAUAGAAGCUGCUUGUGCUUACCCAGGUGCAACGGUAUACGGAGUCGACAGGGUGCUCAUACAACCUGAAUGGGUGCCUCCCAACUGUAUGUUUAUUCUAGACGACGAGGAUCCAGAAGAUUGGCGUCCCGUUCAACUUCACAAGGACGCAAAUCUAAUCCGGGUGGACCGAAUAUGUGGUGACAAACCACUAUUAUUAUCAGUCUUGGGGGACGCCUCUAACUAUUGUGCCGCAGGCGUUGUGGUAGAGAUACAUGAUAUUACUGUUCGACUAAAGGACCCCAACGGAGCAACCCCAUUCCAUCAAUUCCAUCGGGAUUUAGAAGAGGCCUACUCAAAAGAUUACCGAACCUGGAACCUUGCCGAUUCAUAUGCGCCGAUUUUGAGAGAAUAUGGAUAUGAAAGGGUGGAAUGUGUGGAACAUAAGAUAUCACUGCAUGCUCAUCGCACGAAGGUGGAAGAUGAUGUGUAUAAGGAGUGGAAAGCAGGCCUUGCGUCACAUGCUAUGAAGUUGUUCUUUGAGCGUCUUGGAAAAAAUCCAAUGCAAGCUAUAGUGGAGCUGGCCGCUGCGCGGAAUUCUUUGGAGGAUGGUAUUGAAGGAGAACUAGUAACUACGAUUGCUUAUGGGGUGAAGCCCGUAAAACUACCCAUGAGCUCCUCUGGUAGCCGAUCUACGGCACUUCAUCGGGCGGCGGCGUGCGGAUCUGCUUCAACUGUCCGGAAGUUACUCAAGAAAGCGGCUGAUGCCAACGCCAGAGACUAUAAUAACCAGACCCCCCUCCAUUUAGCCGCCAGGAACAAACACCAAGAAGUGGCAAAGAAGCUUCUAUCCCAGCAACAUAUCAACCUAAAUGCUCUGGAGCCUUCAGGUCAUACCCCACUCAUGUGUGCCGUUAUGAGCGGAGCUACUGGAAUAGUAGGGUUGCUCCUUGAAACGGAAGGUGUAGAUGUGGAACCAACUUCACCCACUCAACGGCCCCUUCUGCAGCUAGCCAUUGAAGCUGGUCACAUCGACACAAUCCAGAGGCUGCUCCAAGACCCAAGGUUCGACAUCUCCUGCUGCUGGGAUUAUAACUCACCACUUCUUGCCUCGAUACGGGCGGGCCGUGAUCCGGUCACGCUGUUUGUCUUGAGUCAAGGAGGAUUAAACGACGUUCAAACACCCCUCCGGGAGAGCGCCCUGUUACUAGCUACCCGCAAAGGCUCACUUGCAGUGGUGAAGGAGAUCCUCAAGCAUGAUAAGGUUGAUGUGAACUCCACUGACCACAACGGCUGGAAUGCGCUUCGAUGGGCAGUGAGUAAAGGAAACAUGGAGAUGGUCCGGGUUCUGCUCGCGGACCCGCGUACUAACGUUCAUUCUGUUGACUCAGACGGUCGAUCCGCCUUCACCAUUGCUAAAAAUUAUGGGAAUUGCAGGAUGGCUGUUUUACUGAGGCAGCAUGGAGAACGGACAGAACAGGCUUCCCCCAGGCAAACUCGGGCAUACUCAAGUAGGGGGAAAAUGUUCGUACACGAUGUAUCAUAG